GGAGGAUACAGUCGGAUAUCCUGUGUGGGUGUUUUAGUCUACAUCGUUUUGCAUACCUAGGCAUUAAUACACGUUUCGCCAGACGCCCCCGUGUCUUGUCAUUUAAUUAGAUCCCCGGGGUGCGGAUCAGUUUGGCACCGUGUCUAAGUGCGAGUGAAACCGGCUGUGUAUUUGCUCCGGGAACACGAGCCUCGGUGCUCGCGCGACUUCACUUCUGCACCGGCGGCGGGGGAAGAAAAUCGAGUCCGCAGUCCAGCUGCUACUUUUUGGGCAAAUUGUUCUGCAGGACUGUGAUACAUCUAACAGACCAUCGCAAAGUGUGAUGUUUUGGUCGAGGUGUGAGUUGCUGUGGGAAUGAGACUGCGUGGCAGGGAUUUGGAGGAUUCCACUGUCUCCUGGAUACCGACCGUCCUGGGUGUGCAGAGUGUUAGGCUCCGCCUUCGCCUCGAUCGCAGUGACGACAGGGGGAGGGGCCUUUGGCAACUGGUUGACCUGGAGAGAGACGAGGCGCGAAGUGGGCGGAGCUUGAGAGAUAAGACACCUCCUACUUGUUCACAAAGUUUGAUGAGUAUUCUUCCAGCUGCAUCGGUUCAGUCAGGGGGCGGAGAGAUGCAAUCACCUGGGGCCAUUAGCCCCUCCUUCCUCCCGCCUCCAAGUGGAAAAGUUCCAGGCCGCAAAAGGGGUCGUCCACCCCUGAAAAGGCACCCGGAAUAUCAGAGUCACUACCCAGAAUCCCUCCCACCCAUUAAAGUGCCUAAGAAGAGAGGGAGGAAACCUGGUUUUAAGCUAAAGUCACGCCUGAUGACACCUCUGGCCAUCUCACCUCCCAGCAGCACACCUGAGCCAGACAUGAGCUCAAUCCCACAGGAUGCUGCCACAGUCCCCCAUUCAGCCACCUCACAGGUCCUCACAGUCUGUAUCUAUGUGAAUAAGCAGGUCAACACAGGCCCUAACCUUGACCGGCAGAAGGUUAUGCAGCUUCCGGAUCACCUGGGUCCAGACAGGCCGUCUGUGGUGCUCCAGCAGGCUGUGCAGGGAUGCAUUGACAGUGCGUUCCAGCAGAAAGCUGUCUUCACCUUGCUCACCGAGGGCUACGGGGGAGAGAAGAUCUCAGAACAAAAAAAAGUUAUUUUUCCUACUAUGGUAGUCCGUGGGGUCCAAGAACUGUUUGGUUACAAGCAUUCUUCCAAAUAUCUUUCUCUCUGUUCAUCAGAACAAAGAAAUUUAUACAGAUUUGGAACAACUCGAGCCACAUUUGAUGGUAAGCAGCAUCUGUUGAGCUUGCCAGUGGUCAACAGUGUCGGCUACGUUCUGCGCUUCCUCAAGAAGCUGUGUCGAAGCCUGCUGUGUGAGAACCUUUUCAGUGACCAGCCCAUCGCCCCUUCAUCAUCUCCUUCCUCGUCCUCCUCCUUCCACACUGAGAAACACUCAGACGGACAGCCCAAGUCAAACUUGAUGAUGGAUGAUUACCAUGGCGAUUCAAUGGACCCCAAGCGCUAUUCUGUUGACCCCAGUGACUCUGCCUUUGGUGCGAUGUCCUCGCCGUACACGGCCACCAAAUCUGCAUACGGUUUCCGUUCCGGCCCCACCUACUCCGGAGGCGUGUGCAGACAGGCGGCCAGUCCCAGCACAUUCCAGGAAGGAAACAGAAGUGGCAUUCCCAGAAUUAACCAAAACUAUAUCCAACCUCUCAACUCGAUAUCUCUCUACCCAGCCUACAGUCCAUCUUCAGAGGGAGGGGAAGCAAAGCCCCCACCCAGUAAGGAUCCCUCCAGAUGGAGCGUGGAUGAGGUGGUGUGGUUUAUUAAAGACGCAGACCCCCAAGCUCUGGGCCCACACGUGGACCUCUUCAGAAAACAUGAGAUCGAUGGAGAUGCUCUUCUUCUCCUAAAGAGCGAUAUGAUCAUGAAGUACCUUGGACUUAAACUGGGCCCUGCUCUCAAGCUCUGCUACCACAUCGACAAGCUAAAACAGAACAAGUUCUGAUCUGCUUCUGCAACACCAUUUACUCUACACACACACAAACAGAUGCACCCACAGUAUUUAUUCUUAUGACACACCUCCAGCCCAGUCCCCGUUCUCUGGUCAAUCUAGCUAAAACCUCAUUAAAUGUCACUUAUGUUGUUUAUUAUUUUAGGAUGACCAGAGCGUUUCCUUGUGCUUAUAUCAUGCAUACAAGCAUUUCAUUUGCACUUGACAUUGCUCUUAACACAAGUCCUCUCAGCUGCAUUCUGGGAUUCAAGGGAUUUCUCCACAAGCAAGAGACCAGAUGAAACUAAAGUGAUAAUGCUCACAAAUCAUUAUUAAAAUGGAUAACAGACAGACUCAGACUGUGCAUAGAGAAAUUGACUCUGUCUAAACCUUGUGAAAUUCGGACACCUGCUGGUGAAUAUGAGGCAUCGCAACUCCAUAAAACAACCAGGAAUCCUUCAGAGAUUGAUCUCAGAGACAGAUCUUCUUCAAAGGUGGAAGACUUGAAAGAUCAGUUAUAAACAUUGUACAGUUAUUUCUUUUGACUGAACAGAUACGCACACCGUCUUGUCAGGGUACCUCAUGAACUUUGCAACCAGCAAAUCACAGGCACAAGUAAAAUGGACCAGACUACAUCAAAGCCUUGGAAUGCCUUUCUGGCUACCAAAGUCUGAACUAACCGGAUACACUACAAGGCAGUUACUUCUCACAGUAAUACACAACAGGUGCUGUUUCCCAACCAGCAGGUGAAACAACUAUAAACCGCAGUACUGAAGCAAUGGUUUGUUUUGUAAAGUGGACCAAACACAAGAAGAACAUCACAGAGAACUUUUGCAUAUGUCCAUCUCUUAGAGGCUUCAUUUUAAAGAGCUGCUCUUAUACCACACACAAUGUCAGCUUGUGGCUUGCUUACAAAAUCCGUCGGCAGGUUUUUUGUGUACAUUUUUAGAUAAACAUUUUUCACUGUGCUUAUUAUAUGUGGUUUGAACCGACUGCCUUUCAUAAACUUACAAUGUUUAUUUGAACACACAGAGGUACUUUGGAGGUUUUCCUCCGAUGUUGUUAUUUUAACAGCUGUAUUUCAAUGUUUCAAAAAAUCACUACAACUUGCCACAAAUGUGCGAAAGAAUCAUUUUUCUGAGGCAUUUCAUAAGUUAUUCUGUUCAUACUUUUUUACAAACAGAAUUCAGAAUUACUGUUUUCCAGACAGAUAAACAUAUUAAGUCUGAUCUGAUGAUGUCAUACAUCUCCCAAAGUGGAUUACACCCAAGUGUACAAUUUUCUGUAUCCGAAAUCACAUGUAAAUAUUAUAAUUUAUGUCGUAGUCACAGAUGCAAUUUCAUAUGUUAAAGAGCAAAGCAAAACAGUAUAGGUCCAUUUAACAUUGUGUAAUCCGCUCCCAGCAGGCUUUGCUGUGCUUGACUUCAUUGUUGUACAUUUUACCUUUAAAGCAACGGUAAUGCUAAUUUGUGCAUCUGUAGAAAAUCAUUGUCUAUAAUUCUGCACGGGGAGGCUGUCUGAAUGGUCUGUUCCUGUUCCUGUUCUUUUAAUCGUUUUUUUAUGUAGCUUUCAUCGGAAAGUUCCCUCUGUAAUAGAUCUUUGAAAUUAAAAAUGUGUACGUGAAGAAUCAGCGAAAUUUAGGGCAGAGCGUAAUAAAAGGAAUUCAAUUGUGAGCUCUUAAAUCCAGUGGCACUUUAAGAAGUCGGGGUUCCCUGGAAUUUUAAAUAAAGUAUUAAUUUUUUCCUUGUUUCAUUUGUAUCGGAAUAAUAGUGUUUAACUGGCCCUGACAGAGGUGUAAGUUCAAGAAUUGUAAUAAAGAGGUUUUAGAGCUUCAGUCAUUAAGUAAAUUUGUCUUUAGACAUUUUAUUGUGGAGAGAUGAAUAGUGAUGAAUAUCCAAGUCUAACCAUAAAACUCAUGUAUUAGCUUUAAAAGCAGACCGAUAUUUACUUCUACAGUACAGUACUGUACUUGCACGGUGCAUAUAUAUUCUUCAUUUUAAAAGCCCUUAAACCUUUUAAAGUUGUUUGCGAGCACUCAUUCUAUGUCUUCACUUUAUUAAAUCCUGCUUCAAGUAGGAAACCUUGACACUUUCAUAAUACUCUUUAAUACAUUUCUGGACAGUUUGUAGUUUAUGACCUCAUGCAGAUAUUCUGCUGACAUUGCCUGACUCGGAUGUUCCUGGCUACAAGAGAGGUUUUUAAUAUACUCUUUUGUUCAGAUGUUUUUCUUGUCAGGUUUGUGUAUUUGCCUCCACGCCAUGUCCUUCUGUGUCAUUUUUGAUAUAAUGGAAAUUGUAAGUGUACAUUUAUGAAUGCUGCUCUUGAUGAUGUCCCAUGUGCGGUUGUUUAAAGAGACAUUUGUAAACUCAAGUUUUUAAUGAACCUGUGUAUAGAGGGACUACAACACGGACCAUUCAUGUUGGUGCUAUAAUAUGACUGUAUAUUUAAAAAAUAAUGAUUUUAUGCAUACAGUUUGCUUUCUUCGGUUUGGCUUCAGUGAUGUGAACCCUUGUGACUGAAGACAGACUCUGCAUUGCAUGUCUGUCUGUGAGGUAAAAUAGAGCAUUAUGAAAGAGUCAGAAUAAAGCAUAAUGGACACUA